GUCCUGCCGUUUUCAACCCCUCACCACACACACAUUCACCCCGACAUAUAUUUUUUUCCCCAUUGCAACUCAUUUCGGGCCCGAUGAACAACGUGCCAAUAAGUUGGCGGACUUUCGUUCUUUUUUUUUUUUAGUUGGCCCCCCUCAACUGACACCACGUUUUUGCUGCAGUGCCGCACAGUGUUCGUUCUGUAGUUUCAGUGUUUCGUCUGCCAGUGCACGUCCCGCCAAAUUGUUUGUGAGAACGACGCGAUCAUGAUUUUCGUCCGAGAAACGGUUGGAUGAAGCCGAUUGGAGGCUGAUUGGACUCUUCCGGUCACCGGAAGCCGCCUCCUUUUUACUGAAAAAACGACCCUCUUAAUUUUUUUUUCAUCUUCCUGACUGAAACAAAAGAAGAUUUGGACAAAUUAGAGAAAUAAUAUUAAAAGAAUCUGAAUAAAAAAAUGGGUGAUGCUAAUGUUCAGACGAGUGGUGGAGGAGGUCCAGGACAUCAUCAUCCGCAUCAGUUGCAUCAUCACCACCAUCACCAUCAAUUGCAUCAUCACCAGCCGAUCAAUACGGGAGCUCAGCAUCAUCCGACGCAACAUCACGACACCAACGCGUUGAGUUUUGGUUUGGGCUUUUUCCCCGAUCCGUCCGAAAUCAGCUCGAAAUCGCUUCCGCCCUUCUCCUCUUUUGGCGAAACGGAAGGUUUGGGCGAAGGCCUAUCCGGCAGACUCCUCGAUCUCGGCGGAGGCAACGGUGGUCCGCCUCCAUGGGAUCUGUACGGCGAAGGACUUUCUGCCCGUUUGAUUGACGUCGGAGCUCCAACUCCGCUCGGACUGGGCAUCGGCGUUGGCGUCGGACUCGGAUUAGGCUUUGCUCCGCCUCCGCCAGCUGCCAUUCCGGCUAGGGACCAACCGCCACCGAAUAGCGGGCCGGGAGGUGUCCAGUAUCGUCCUUGGGAAUCUAAGAAUCAUCCCGACAGCAAUGGUAAUCCUCCGACACUGCUUGAACUCGGCCGGAUGAUGGCCGUUACUCCGCCGCCAGGCAACACGACACCCAAUCCAUCCAACGGAGGAGGAUUUUCUGAAAUUCAACUGUUUCCACCACACGGAAGUAGCCCCAAACUGCCGUCGUUCCAGUCGCAAUUCCAACAUUCGUAUUCUGCAUCCAGUCCCGGACCUCAUCCGCCCGCUUUAACGCCCAUCAACGCACCAGCUGAUCCGACCAACGGUUUUCACGCUUCCGGUCCGGGUCCUGGCGGUGGCGGCGCCGGUGUUGUCGUGGCGCUACAGAACAAUAACAACAACAAUGUCCGUUAUCCGCUAGUUCCGGCGCCAGUGCAUCCGCAGCGGCCGGAAGUUGUAGGUCACGCACCUCAUCCUGGAGCUUUCGUUCAUCACGAACGAGCUCAUCAUUUCGGUCCACUCCCGUCGGUGGCUCAACAGGCCGCCACCAAUCCACAACAUUAUCCGACGCUUCCGGCCGAUUACAACAACGGCGUUCAGCGUCCGGCUCUCCUCCAAUCGUCCGGUCCGUCUCCCAUUAACAACGUCAUUAAAUUGGAAACGGAAGACUCGCGAUCGCCCUUCUCCUCUCAGGGUUCGCUUCCGCGCCAAGCGGCCGGAGACGGCCGAAAGAAGGAGAAGCGGAAGUACCGAGCGUCUUCGAUGGAGAGUUCUAGCAGCGAAGCGUCUGAUGCCCAAGUGCCGAGCAUCUCUAGCACUGCCCGCGGAUUCAAGCACCCGAUUCACAUGACAUCGAACGGCAACGAUUCCAGCAUGGACGGCGAGAAACAGUCUAAGAAGAAGCGGAAACGCUGCGGCGAAUGCGUCGGAUGCAUGCGCAAAGACAAUUGCGCGUCGUGCGCUCCCUGCCGCAACGACAAGUCGCACCAAAUCUGCAAAAUGCGUCGUUGCGAGAAGUUGACCGAAAAGAAAAUCAAGAUUCCUCGCGAGAAAGGUGAAGGACGAGCUGCUCGUGCAAACAACAACAGCGCCAACAACUCUAGCAACAACAGCGCCACGUCUGCCAACGGCACGAUAGCCCAAUCCGUAGCCACCCCACCCACACCGACCAACACAAUGGCCAAUGGCAACGUCUCAGCUGCUAAUUGGGAUCGUGGAUAUGCGCCCAAUGCGUGGGCUCCUGCUGCUCAACCGGCUGUUGUCAAUGGGACAACUGAUGAGAAUCAAUGGGCCGCUGGAUACCAGCCGGAAACAUAUGAUCCGUCCUUCAAUUUCAACCCGCUCCAACAACAGGGUGGGUUUCAUGCACCGGCGCCUGUUGUUGACACGUUUGCAAACGGCCAAACCAACGGGUUCCGACCGAGACCGAGCCCUCAACCUCAACAGAUUCAAAUUGGUGGAUUUAGUCCGCAUAUGACGUCACCUCAUCCAUCACCCGGAUCGGGUCAACAGUUGAACGGACGCUGUGGCAGCGUUCCACCUCAUUUCAAUGGCCAGGACGGUUUCAUGAAUGGAAGUCCCUUUACGAGCCCGAGUCCUCGUCCGCCGUCGUCCAACAAUCCUCCCAGCGUAGGAGAAAACUUCCGCAAUGUCGGAGGUAAUUCCGAGUCGAAUGGUCAACAAAUUCACCCAAACGGGCCGCCUGGGUAUCCGUCUCCAUCACCAAUCCCCCAUCCGAGUUCGCACAACUCUAAUGGCGGAUAUCCAGGCCAACAGCAAGGGAAGGGCGAGCCGUGGGAGCCGGGGAGCGAACCCAAACAGCAGCAGCGUUCCACUCCGCACGAAGAGCUCAAUAAUCGGCUCAAGGAGAAGAUUCUCAGCAAGCAGCAAAUGCAACAACAGCAGCAACAACACUCAUUCCAACAACAGCAGCAGCAGCAGCAGCAGCACGAGUUGCAGCAAAACCCACCUAAUAAUGGCGGCGGACAGUCUUUCUAUAUGAACUAUCCAUACCAACAAAAUAAUGAGGAAUACUCGGAUCAGCAUUUCAAUCCGACCAGCGCGUCGUCUCCUUCCUCGUCGACUAGCAAUAACAACGUCCGGCUGGACGUUCACUUGGAACCCAAUUCAACGGCCCAUUUUUUAGGACCAGCCCACCCUCAGAACGGCGGCACUGGGGGUGGGAAUCUUCCGGAGGAACAACAACAGAUGCCUCAGCUUCUUCAGAGUCCGGAAACAACGACGCCGUCGUCGCCGCCACCACCGCCAUCUAACGGUUGUCAAGCGAAUCACUUGGCACCUACCAGUGCAGCUAAUGCCCCUCUUGCUCCUCCUACUCAUGAUCCCGAACAGGAUCGUAUGAGCAAAUUGAAGAAUAAUUUAAAAGACGAAGUGCCGCCCUGCCAGUGUUUCCCAACGGACCAAUUACCGCAAGAACCUGGCCCUUAUUACACACAUCUGGGAUUCGGUGAAAGUGUUGCAUCGCUACGUCAGCUGAUGGAGCAAAGGACUGGCCUUGCCGGAAGAGCCAUCCGCUUUGAGAAGAUUCUUUACACGGGCAAAGAAGGCAAAACGGCCCAGGGAUGUCCCAUCGCUAAAUGGAUAAUACGACGUUCCAGUCUGGAGGAAAAAGUCCUUUGUCUCGUUAAAGAACGUCGCGGACAUCGAUGCCGGUCGACUUGGUUGAUUGUCAUUUCCGUUGCGUGGGAAGGAUUGGCUCUAAGAGACUCGGAUUACCUUUACGGCGAAUUGGUUAACCGGUUAAACGCUCACGGACUGGCCACCAAUCGGCGUUGCGCUACCAACGAGGAUCGGACUUGCGCCUGCCAAGGUCUUGAUCCCGACACUUGCGGUGCUUCUUACUCGUUUGGAUGUUCAUGGAGCAUGUUUUUUAACGGAUGCAAAUUCGCCAGAAGCAAAACACAAAGCGUCCGUAAAUUUCGUCUAAGUGACGAGUCUCAGGAAGGGGAUAUUGGAGAUCGAUUGCAGCGAUUUGCGACUGCCAUUGCUCCUCUGUUUAAACGGAUCGCUCCAGAUGCUUAUGCCAAUCAAGUCGAAUUUGAAAAGACGGCCAUUGACUGUCGUCUUGGUCUUACCCCCGGAAGACCGUUUGCUGGCGUAACGGCCUGUUUCGACUUUUGCGCUCAUUCUCACCGCGAUCUUCACGACAUGAAUAAUGGAUGCACCGUGGUUACCACUUUGACGCGCCAUCGAGGCUUCCACAAACCGACGGACGAUGAGCAAUUGCACGUGUUGCCGCAUUACGUUUUGGCUGAUGUUGACGAAUGCGACAGCGUCGAAGGACAAAGAAACAAAGUGGAGACUGGUGCCAUUGAAAUUCUCAACAAGUACCCUUCUAUUUUGAGACGUCAUUCACAGCCGAUUCCAAGUAAAACUAAACGGAAAGCGCCAAUUCAGUCCAACCGAGUCAUCUAUACAGCGACCAAUGAAGACGCCGCUCUCGUGCAAAGCAGUCACGUGACAAGUUCUACUUACGACGAAAGAUAUCCUAGUAGGACAUAUUUGGAACAAUCGGGCUCAAUGGAAAGCAAAAUCAGAGCUUUACAAACUCCAUCACAAACUUACAGACCCGAUCAUCUGAUGUCGAAUUCGGCUUUUACCAAUUGGGGAGGAUACGCUCCUCCUCAACAACAAUGUUGGCAACAAUCGCAAUGGCUUAAUCGACCUGUCGACCCUCAACUAUCCCAGUGGUGGAGACAGAGUUUGUCUUCUUCUUCCAGUGAAAUGCGUCCCUUUGGGCCCGUUCAUCCAGUCCAACCGUUCCAAAAUCUACUCCGUCAUCAACCUCCUGAACCAAGAGUGACUGUCGAGGUUAGCGACAAUGAAGAGAAUUUCAAAGAUCCUAACAUAGGUGGUGUGGCUAUCGCUUUGACGCACGGCUCGGUUCUUUUUGAAUGCGCCAAACACGAACUGCACGCGACAACGGCUUUACGGAAUCCCAAUCGACGAAACCCCACCCGGAUAUCUCUCGUUCUCUAUCAGCAUCGUAAUAUGAACGAGAGCAAACACGGAUUCGAUAUCAACGAGAAAAAGAUGGAACGAAAACGAAUCGAGCAACAACGGCAAGAGGAAGCUCAAACAACUGCAUCGACAAUUCCUCAACAACCUACCUGGUUACCGGCAACAAACCCUUACGGCUGCACUUUGCCGGCCUCGGCAGCCGCUUCUUGCUAUCCGAAUUCUCAGCAGCCGGUUUUGCCUUCCAUCCAUCACGCAUUUCCGUACCAUUUAUCUUACCCCAAUAAUCCACAAGGCAAAUACUAGACGGGAUUAUAAUUUUGAUUUACUACAUCACAAAAUGCUAACGAGCCAUAUUUCUUUAAUCGAUGAAAUUGGUAAAUUAUUUUUGACUUGUUUUUAAUUUGAUGUUUGACUUGUGCAAAAGAAGGGCGUAGGGAAUCGUGUUCUUUUAGCCUAUUCGACUGUAUGCAUAAAACAAUAAUUUCAGACCGAGUUGGCGAAUGUGGCUUGAAGUUCAAAACAGAAACAAUUCAGUGCUUUACAGUUUUUGAAAAGACGUGCUAUUUUGGCGAUACAAAAUUUUCUAGAAAUUUAAAAAUAAUAAUAAUGUGGACCGUUUGGACGCAAACUUCGGCAGGGAAAACGUAUUCCGUACAAAAAAAAAUGUUUUCGCUUGUUUUAUUUUUAUUUUUAGUAUCGCUCUUUUCGAGUCACAUGUCAGUGUGUCUUUUUUUUUUUAACCUGAUCUCUCGCACUGAUUUUGUUUUGUGGGAAAUCUCCAGUUCAAGAAGUGGUACCAAACGGUGCAGAUCCUCGCAGGUGUCAUCUGCUAAAAUUAGAAAUUAUUCAAGAAAAACAGGAAGACAUCCCGAUUGUUAAAAUCUAACCACAAUAAUAAUUACUUGUAGUAUCACGAUGCCAUUGUUUUCUUUUACCCUUUAUUUUUUAAUUAUUAUUUAAAUUCAUGUUGGUGUAAUUUCCUUUUAGAAAAUUUUUCAAACCUCUUUUGUUCAGCCUGUAAAGAGCUUGCCAAGUCCAUCCGCCACAAGUAACUACCACCUCAUUUAUCAAUAAUCCUGCAAAAAAAUGCAUUUUAAGUUUCAAUACAUCCGUAUUUCUUUUUGUAA